AUGUCUGUGCAGAAGCGAGUUGAUUUGAUGACCAGGAAUCUACAGGAGGUGAUUGGGAGAGAGGAACUUGUGAGCAUUGCAGAGAAGAGGGAUUUGAGUGUGUACUGGGGAACUGCGAUCACAGGGAAGCCUCACAUCGCAUAUCUUGUGCCUUUGCUGAAGAUAAAGGAUUUUGUGGAUGCAGGAUGCAGAGUGAAGAUUUUGUUUGCAGACAUUCAUGGAUUUUUGGACAAUCUGAAGGCGCCGAUUGAGAAGAUAAAACACAGGUGUGUGUACUAUGAGAGGCUUAUCAAGGCAUGUUUGAGGAUGCUGUGUGUUGAGUUGGAGAAGAUUGAAUUUGUGAGAGGCAGUGAGUAUCAAAGAUCACCGGAGUAUGUGAUGGACCUGUAUAGAAUUCUGGCAAUAACUAAUGAGCAUGAUGCGAAGAAGGCAGGUGCGCAGGUUGUUAGGCAAGUGGAGAACCCGAUGAUAAGCUCGCUGGUGUAUCCAGCAAUGCAGGCUCUUGAUGAGGAGCAUCUGCAUGUUGAUGUGCAGUUUGGAGGAGUUGACCAGCGGAAGAUAUUUACGUAUGCCAGGAAGUAUCUGCCGAUGCUAGGAUAUGCCAAGAGAAUCCAUCUGAUGAGCCCGAUGGUUCCUGGACUGAAUUCUGAGAAGAUGAGCAGCUCUGAAGAAGUUUCGAAGAUUGACAUGAUGGACUCGAGUGAAAGCAUAAUGAGGAAGAUGAAGAAGAGUUUCUGCGAGGAGGGGAACAAGGAGAACGGCCUGCUGAAGAUUUUCCUGCAUAUUAUUUUCCCUGUGUUUUGCAUGCAUGACAAAGAAGUGUGGAUGGAGAUAAGAGGAGCAGGGCGUGUUGUUUUUGAAAGAUAUGAAGAUCUUGAGGAUGCAUUUGGGAAGCGGGAGGUACAUCCGAUGGAUUUGAAGGAGGGAGCAGCAAGGAUGAUCGACGAGGUGAUUGGGCCUGUUAGAAGUGAAAUGAUGGAGCAGGCGGAUGUUUUGAGGCAGGCAUAUGAUUAA